UCUUUCUUACACAGCUUGGACAAUGCAUCUUCUCCCCAAAUCACCUGUAUAACCAGACUAUAAACCACUUAAUCUGCAUCUGUCCAUCCAUUCUUUGACGUCCAAUCAACCAGAUACCCCACUUGCAUUUGUUUAUCGCAUUGUUUCACUACUGAACUACUACUUCUCCCCCCGCCGCCAUGUUCUCCGUCAUAAUUCCAGGCAGACCCUGCCUCACAGACAUCGUCCCAGUCGACCCGCAACCCAAUGGCCAAGCCACCAAAUUCGCCUUCACAAUCCCGCUCACCCCGGACCUCUCCGACCUCGUCGUCUUCCUCCUCCCCGGCACUGUUCUGCCCCCAGACACAGCCGCCGCAAUCUACAUCCAGUUCCCCUCCGACCCCAACGGCUUCCGCUUCAUCGGCGCCCUCGCCAACGAAAAGCCCUCCUCCAUUCUCCCCACAUCUCCACCCCCAAACCUCCAACCGGGCAUGACAGCAACAUUGGGAAUCUCACUCGAGCCCAUCGCAACCGUCGCGCCGCAGCUCGAGGCCCUGGAGGCCGAAAAGGGCGCCUCGGGCCAGCUAGUCCGGCAGACGAGGCAGAUCACGACCAAGGUGCUCGCACAGCGCAUUAUCGGGAAUGCGUUUAAUUUCCUGGCCAGCUUUGCCUCGAGUGACCAGGAUGCGGUGCCGUUGAAGGCUUUCCGCGAUUGGUGGUCGAAGUUUGAGCGGAAGGUGGAGAUGGAUCCGUCGUUUCUGGAGAGGGAGGAUCCAAGUGCUAGUGGGUGAUUGUCUUUUCCUUUGGAUAAGGGGAGUUUUUGCUUUGGAGUGGCUUUUUUGACUGGGAUUGGUUGGGGGCGUUGUUUGUGUCGCUAUUUUUAGAUACCGGAUUUGCGGUAUUCUUACUUGCAUGGGCUAUAUUGUCGGUAUGGGGGUAAUGCGCAUUGCGCUUGUCCUUGGAGGAUUUAUCCACCUGCGCGGUGUCUGCGCGACAGCUGAAACUAUACUGGAAUAUGACCAGAGCUUCAUGAAGAGGCCCA